UUAACAUCAAUCGAUAGGGAAUUUCAUCGUCUUUCAUUCGAGACCAUGUAAUUGUUCACCCGAACCCGCGAAUUAUCGAAACAAUUGCAUUUUUACAUGAAAUUGUAUAUGCAGUAGUACAACUUCACGUUUGUAUGCACUCUCACGUUCACGGCAGAGAGAAGAUUUGAAGUUUUUACCGAAGAUUUUUACUGUUGAGAAUUUAUAUACAAAUUCAGCAGUGAACAAGCACGUCUAGUCUAGUGGGUAGUGGCACCGCACAUACGAAACUGCAACAGUAAUAAAUUUCCGUGUAUCGAAGAUGUCAAAGGCUACGAGAAAGACAAAAUCGAAUACGAAAAGGAAUAACAUAAACCCGUCGAGUCAAAUACCAGAAACAAGAAGUAGAAAGAAUAUGCCGAGUUCGAAAAAAGCCAAAAUCGUAGAAGAAACAGAUAUUCCACAUUCAUCGUUUGAUUUUCAGAGUUGUCCAAGCUCUUCAACAACUGAUCAAGACACUUCGAUAGUAGGCAUAAUGAAUACAAGCAAACAAGACUUCGCCGGCAUUCGCUUUAUGGAAGGAUUCGUCGAUAAAACACUUUUGAUAUCAACGGUAUUAUCGUGUUCAUCUUCGUACAUACUGUUGUUAGCGCCGAGAUGUUGUGGUAAAAGCGUAAAUAUUACUAUGCUAAAAAGAUAUUUUGAAAUACCUAGGGACGAAAAGGAGAAAAUUCUUAAUCAUCGAGUGUUCGAAAAGACGCUUAUAAGUAAGGAUACCAAGUUCAUGAAAAAACAUUUUGGCAAUUAUCCGGUGUUAUAUUUGAAUUUCAAAUCAUCCGGUUCUGUUUGCUCAUUUGAAAUUGCUUUCAAGUUUGUUCGCGAAGUUGUGAAAAAAGCAUAUGUUGAUCAUUCAGAGGUCUUACUGGCCAGCAAAAAGCUGAUUUCUUCGGAAAAAAAAGUAAUUAAAGAUUGGUUUCAUAUUUCAAAUUAUGUAAAGAAGGCCGUGGACCAUCCAGACAUAUAUUUCGCUUUGGAAAAUUUAGCUCGAUUCCUCGUACAACACCACGGCCGAAAGAUCUUCCUAUUUGUCGAUGAUUAUGAUGGUAUCUGCACCGAUGCGAUGAUUCACAUGGAAGACAGAAUAAUCGAAACGACUGGAGCAGUUCUUUAUAAAGCGGAUCAUGAACUCAAGAAUACUAUCGCGUUUUGCCAGGGUGCAUUAAGCUGUUUAUUGAAACCGAGUCAACGUGAUGAAUUUGUUGAUCGCGCGGUUUUAACUGGUACUUCGGAGAUAACGACAAUGGGCCUCAACAAAUUGAGGACUGUUAAACAAUUUAGAUUUCAAGAGAAACACACCUUCUCGAAAUUAUGCGAUCUUACUCCUGUCUAGGUCUUAUAUUCAACUUGUUGAUUUACUACUUAAGUUCCAGUUUUUGAAAAAAGUUUAUUUGUUCUGUUUCUUUUAAGCUAGCAAAAUGAGAUUCAAAAAUGUGUAUUUUUUAAAAAUUAUUCUUCAGCUUUUAAUUCGUGAUAUUUUAAUAAACUUCUAAAAUUUUUCACUUUAUUCAUUCAUUUUUUCCAAAAAUUCUCAAGUUCGUUAAUAUUUUUCCCUCCCAUUUUCUAAAUAAAUUUCAUCAUGAUUAAAAGAUUAAACCGGUAUCAUUACCUCCUUAAAAAAUAGAGUUUCCAAUUCCUUUUUCCUUUCUCGUUUUUUCCUUCGUUAAUUUUUCACACAGUUCCGUAAGAAAAACUUUUUAAACUGAAGAAAAGAAUUCGCGAGUAAAAAAGAUGGCACUUUGCAUACUUACUUGUUUUUCUAAAUAAAAUUUAAUAGUGUUUCA